AUGGCACGACGUGUCAAAACAUUGUUCCCUGCCACCCUCCCUUUCGACCAGCCCCCGCCCCGCUUCAAGCAGGUCGAGGCUCGUGGCCAAACCCCGUUCUACAUCCUUGCGUGGAGGGUGCACAACAACAAGCUGGAUAUCAUUGACAACCAGUGGCCGUCUGUCGACAAACACUACCAGAAGUGUUGGUACCACACGAUAAAGAGGCAUGCGCUCCGGCGAAGCCCGACGGAGCCUUACGUGAUGAACAAUAUCCUCUCCGAUGGAGACCAGCGGCAGAUGUACUUUGUAACCCACACGAACAUGCGCCCACUCGACAUCGCCCCCGACUGUCUCCAAGUGCGCAUGGCAAGGGAGGUUCUCGAGGAGUUUUAUCUUCCCUACGUCGACGACCCUGAUGAUGUACUGGGGGAUCCAGUGUGGUACCGUGUAGGGCCAUUCAAAGACGCAACCCCGAAGGAAACUUGA